AUGGUAAGUAAUUGGUCCGAAACAUCUGAUUCUUUUAUAGCCCGUGCUUACUGUCAUGAUUACCACUAUGGUUACUGUCUUGCUUACUGUCAUGAUAACCACUAUGGUUACUGUCUUGCUUACUGUCAUGAUAACCACUAUGGUUACUGUCUUGCUUACUGUCAUGAUAACCACUAUGGUUACUGUCUUGCUUACUGUCAUGAUAAACACUAUGGUUACUGUCUUGCUUACUGUCAUGAUAACCACUAUGGUUACUGUCUUGCUUACUGUCAUGAUUACCACUAUGGUUAUUGUCUUGCUUACUGUCAUGAUAACCACUAUGGUUACUGUCUUGCUUACUGUCAUGAUAACCACUAUGGUUACUGUCUUGCUUACUGUCAUGAUAACCACUAUGGUUACUGUCUUGCUUACUGUUAUGAUAACCACUAUGGUUACUGUCUUGCUUACUGUCAUGAUUACCACUAUGGUUAUUACCUUGCUUACUGUCAUGAUUACCACUAUGGUUACUGUCUUGCUUAA